UCGUUCCUCUCCCCCCCCGCCGAGCUGCUGUCGCCCGAGAAGCCCCGGAGCCCCGGGGGCUGGCGGAGCGGCCGGCGGAGGCUGAACAGUAGUAGCAGCGGCAGCGGCGACAGCAGCGGAGGCAGCGUGGGCAGCCCGAGCUGGGCGGGCCGCCUGCGCGGGGACGGGCAGCAGGUGGUGGCCGCCGGUACGUUGUCCCCGCCGGGGCCGGAGGAGACCAAGAGGAAGCUGCGGAUCCUGCAGCGCGAGUUGCAGAACGUGCAGGUGAAUCAGAAAGUGGGCAUGUUCGAGGCGCACAUCCAGGCGCAGAGCUCGGCCGUGCAGGCGCCCCGCAGCCCGCGUCCGGGCAGGGCUCGCUCGCCCUCUCCGUGCCCCUCGCGCAGCAGCAGCCAGCCCCCUGGAAGGGGCCUGGCCCAGUGCGCCCCGAGCGACGAACGGAGGACAAAGUCCUGGGGGGAGCAAUGUCCAGAGACUUCAGAGGCCGAUUCUGGGAGGAGAGGGCCCAGCCUACACCCCUCCAAGGACAAGGACAGAGUGGCACCUCUCCCCAGCCGGUCCGCCCCGACGGGAUCUGGGGCUCAAGGUCCAGCCGCUUCGGUGAGGAUCGAGGACGGCGUCCCUGCCAGUCCCCACUACGGCUCACCCGUAGCUAUGGAAAUUGACAAGAGGGUCUCUGCUCUUUCGGGAACUCAGAGCUGCCAAGCCCCCUCGUUGGGGCUGGUCGGAGAGAACUUAGUGAUGGCCACAGAAGUGGCACCCAGAGCCACAUCCACUGGGCCACACCGCCCACAGCGUCCUGCACUUGAGCGGUCUGAGAGGGCCAUCGACCUUGAGGACCCGCACCUCCGGGUGGACUCUGUAGAGAGGCAGGGGCAGUUUCUGGGCAGUGGGACAAGCCCAGCCCCCGAGAGGGGACAGCCCCACGGUGGAGAGUCCCCAGGGAAGAUGGGGAAAGGAAAUCUGCCCUGUGGCAUGCCCGGCUUCUGGGCGUCUGAAGUGGGCGAAAGGCCAGAGGAGAAGACUGUGAAUGCAGAAAACUCGGAGCCCUCCGAUGCCCUGCACUGGUCCAGGCCGUCUGGAGACCUGGGCUCCGUAGGCCCCAGGGAGGCCCCAGGUGGGGCCCCAGUGGUGGUGGGGCCUCGGCAGCCCUCCGACAGAGCAGAGGAAAGAUCUCCAACGCUGGGCUUGCUUGGGGGCCUAGCACAGCCCGGGACCAGGGAGGUGGAGGUGAGAAUUCCUUCUGGCAGAAUGCUGGAGCCUUUGCCCUGUUGGGAUGCAGCAAAAGACAUGAAAGAACCUCAGUGCCUUCCUGGGGACAGGGUGGGUGUGCAGUCUGGGAGCUCCAGGGUUUGGCUGGACUCCAUGGUGGAAGCCGGUCUGGUGUGGACGUGUGGCACAGGGGUACAAGCGGAGGGGACUUGGGAAAGCCAGAGGAAGGACAGAGACCCCGGCCCCACCCUGGAGCUUCUGCCCCCGGCUCACGACAAGCCUUCUCCGAGAGAGGCCUGCAGCCCCAGCAACAUACCUGCCGUGAUCAUUACAGACAUGGGCGCCCAGGAGGAUGGGGGCUUGGAGGAGGUGCAGGGAAGCCCUCGGGGCAACCUGCCCCUAAGGAAACUGUCCUCUUCCUCGGCUUCCUCCACGGGCUUCUCAUCCUAUGAGGACUCGGAGGAGGACAUCUCCAGUGACCCUGAGCGCACUCUAGACCCCAACUCAGCCUUACUGCAUACCCUGGACCAGCAAAAGCCCAGAGUGAGCAAAUCAUGGAGGAAAAUAAAAAACAUGGUGCACUGGUCUCCCUUCGUCAUGUCCUUCAAGAAGAAGUACCCCUGGAUCCAGCUGGCGGGACACGCAGGGAGUUUCAAGGCGGCCGCCAACGGCAGGAUCCUGAAGAAGCACUGUGAGUCGGAGCAGCGCUGCCUGGACCGGCUGAUGGCCGACGUGCUGAGGCCCUUCGUGCCCGCCUACCACGGGGACGUGGUGAAGGACGGGGAGCGUUACAACCAGAUGGACGACCUGCUGGCCGACUUCGACUCGCCCUGCGUGAUGGACUGCAAGAUGGGCAUCAGGACCUACCUGGAGGAGGAGCUCACCAAGGCCCGGAAGAAGCCCAGUUUGCGGAAGGACAUGUACCAGAAGAUGAUUGAGGUGGACCCCGAAGCCCCGACCGAGGAGGAGAAAGCCCAGCGGGCUGUGACCAAGCCGCGGUACAUGCAGUGGAGGGAGACCAUCAGCUCCACGGCCACCCUCGGGUUCAGGAUUGAGGGUAUCAAGAAAGAAGACGGCUCUGUGAACCGGGACUUCAAGAAGACCAAAACGAGGGAGCAGGUGACCGAGGCCUUUAGAGAGUUCACUAAAGGAAACCAAAACAUCCUGAUCGCCUACCGGGACCGUCUGGAAGCCAUUCGAGCCACCCUAGAGGUUUCUCCCUUCUUCAAGUGCCACGAGGUCAUCGGCAGCUCCCUCCUCUUCGUCCACGACAAGAAGGAACAGGCCAAGGUGUGGAUGAUUGACUUUGGGAAAACCACGCCCCUGCCCGAGGGUCAGACCCUGCAGCAUGAUGUCCCCUGGCAGGAGGGGAACCGGGAGGACGGCUACCUCUCGGGGCUGAACAACCUCAUCGACAUCCUGACGGAGAUGUCCCAGGGCGCCCCGCUCGCCUGAGGCUGCCCUGCGCCCACCUGUGCACCCACCUGGCCUCUUCCCCCCUUCUGCGGUUCUCUUCUUAACUUUUCCUUCACUUCUCCCCCAGAACUGACCCUCCCGAACUGCACUACAAGACACUUUGUAGAAAAGGAGAUGAGACGUUCUAGUGGUUUUCCUAACUUAAAGACCUGGAGGUGACAUUUCCACUGCUUUGUAAAUAGAAUCACCUACUAGAAGAGAAAUACCCAAACCCAGGCUCAAUUUCCUGUAGCAGCCAGUUGGGUUCAGAGCAGGAGGGAGCUCAGGUGACCCUGGGACCCCCAGCUGCAGAGGGGCCCUGACAUGAGCCCUGCUUGUAGAAGACCCCUAGACCUGAGCGCAGCCCCGGUGGCUACCUGCAGAGGCCUGUCGCCCCCUGGUGGCCGGUGCCAUUACCAUUGCUGCCAAGCACAGCCCAUUUCUGCCUAUGCUUCCCAAUCAAUUGAUCGAUCGGGAGCCCAGCAGCCAGGCUGGGUCCCUUGUGCCUGGCCCGGAAGUAGGGCUUUCUGGUAGUUGGGGCACAAAACCAUGGGAGAGCCAUCUGUUGGCCGUGAGCAAAGUACCCUCGGAUCAGCAGCCCCAGGGGCUCCCAGAGACAGCGUGGUGGCCUUUCUAGAGCUGCUGAAAGCAAGGACCCCUGCACCCACCUGGUAUUGAAACCCUCCAGCUCUGGACCAGGCCCAGGAGCCAGGAGAAGUCUGAAGCCAACUUGGCUGUGAUCUGUGACCUCCACCUUCCCAGAAGGGGGCAGGCAAGAGCUCUUUCUUCCUUCUGGAACUGCCGCUUAUCAAUCCAGAGGGGACAAUCUGCAAAACUGAGCUCCCAGGAAUGCCACCCCAACCUCCCAGAGCCACGUGUUCAUGGUCUUUUUUGUGCCUCCCGCUCCCUGCCCUGCUGUGGCAAAGUCUAGGGGGCUGGGUGGGAGUGGGUCGGGGCACCCACAGCCCCCCAGGAAAGACGGGCCCUGCAGAAUCUCUUGCCCUGGGGGAGAAUGUUCUCGCUCUCACCUCCCUGGUGCUAGCUGGUCGACCUUGCAUGAGGUCCAGGUCACUCAUGGUUAUGGGGAGAGGACAGGAGGGGGUUCAGGCCAGCACCAGGCAGGAAGGAGGCAGGAUUCUGGUAUCAUUUUUGAAUUUCCCCUGAGGUAAGUCUCAUGGCUUGAAGGGCUCAGACUUGUGUUCCUAAUGUAGUGUAGGUAGCUUCCAGGGUAAGGGCCAGUGCCAGGGCUGUGCCGGGCAUCUCUUCCUGGAGUCUCUGUGUUGCUCAAAGAUUCACAGGGAACCAUUUUUUAAGCCUUAGUUUGACUGUCAAGCAAGUAAGUCUGUGUUACUGAGAGGAAUGUAAAUUUGGCACGACUCUUUAAGAACAAAGCUCCUUGCUCUGUUGCCAUUUGGAGCUGUGUCCCCAGGCCCCUGGGGGCUUUGCUGUGAGAGGUGCAGGAGUGCAGAGAGAAAGCGGAGGAGCUUCAGCCGGGCUCCAGGCCAGCAGGGCCUGCCUCAGGGACACAGAGGGAGAAGGUGGGGACAAAGGUGUGCACGCCAGCAGGGACCACUGCCUGGGCCGCCCACCCUGGCGCCCCAGGGCCCAUGUGACAUGUACGUUUCCCCUUUUGUGCUGGGUGAGUGACAGUUGGUGGGGGCAGAGGAUGGGACACAUGAGGAUGUUUAAGUACAGAUUUUAAAAAAGGAAAUCACUUAAACUUCCUGGCUCUCGUUCAAAACAGUGGUGAGCUCUGGUGUGGGCUGACUCGCUAAAGGUCACACUCCCGCCCCUGCUGAGCACAGAGACCUCGUGACAGCACGUGAUCUGGAAGGCAGGCAGGACGGGGGCGUCGGGGAGCCAGAGCCAGCUCUGGGUCUCCGGAGCUAGCAUCACUUGCAGGUUAGAAGGGACUUGGAUGGUCUGUGCUUCAGCCAUCAUCGGGGAAGGGACAGAUGUCAUUAAUUCAGACGUCAAGAUUACGCAAGCAUGGACUAGAAAAAGAGUUUUCGAUGGAAAAAGUUGGCUAAAGCAAAUUAACGAUAUGAAUUAAAAUUAGAGGGGACCAGCGAAACCUAUUUAAGAGAAUAAAACUUUCCAAGCACUUUAAGCAGGCAUCAGUUGUUUGCAAACAGUGUGCUGAUAUGCAAAUGAUUUCUUUAUUAAAGGUGGCCCACGGGACCCCAUAUUGGCAAUACUUUCCUUCAGGUUACGUUAUAUCUGUGAGAGUGAUAAAAAAAAAAUGCCAUCUUUUUAGGGUUAUUCUGUAUUACUGAGGGUUUUUGUUCUGUUUUUUGUAUUUACCACGCUAGGUCUCUCCCACACCUCUGUCUCUCAAGCCAUCUGUCACCCCCUGGCCCUUUUUCCCCCUUGUCUCAGUGGGACAGAUAGAUCCUGGAAUGGAAUUUCCCAGAACCCCUGCCCUGGCAGUCUGAAAGACCAGGCCCACCCAGCCCUGGUCCCACCAGGGACUCCUUAGCCAUACAGGUGCCAGGAGGGGGGACACGCUGAAUGCACCUGUGCACAGGUGAACGGGGUCCCCGAGGGUGCUGGGCCUUCAGACUGCUUAGUGCUCUCAGAAGCAUUCCUCGGCUGCUUUCCCCAGACUCGCCUUUAGUGUCCUGUAAGAAGUUUUUAAGUUAUAUUUAUUUUGUUGGUUUUAAAAAUUGCACAAAACACUACAACUGAAAGGCUGGAUUCUGUGUCUCCUUUAAAGCUUGGCCUUCCUGUACUUCGUUUUCCACUUGGUGGAAAAAACCCAGAAGCAACCCUGGCCCCCCAAGAUGGCUCUGUCCCCCGUCAGCUGUAUUUAGCUUUGAGCUCCACUGAUCUGGUUAACCCUGCGUGUGUAUAUAAUCUGGCCUCUUGCUCUAGGGUGUUUACCCUGUCGGUGCCUUUUUUCUGGAGGAGAGGACCCCCUCAGAGAGGCUGUCCUCUUCUGCACCCCACCCCAUGGGACCUUGAAGGAAACUGAACUGUUACACGCCCCUGCACAGAACCUGUCCAAGACUGCGGAUGCCCCACCUUCCUGAAUAAAGGCCCUGGAGACCA